ACUUUACACUUGGCACAAUCCAGUCAGGGAACACGUCUCCACUGCUCUAGAGUCCAGUGGUGGCAUGCUUUACACCACUGCAUCCCGACGCUCUGCAUUGCACUUGGUGAUAUAAUGCUUGGAUUCAGCUCCUCGGCAAUGGAAACCCAUUCCAUGAGGCUCUCUAUGCACUGCUUUUGUGCUAAUCUGAAGGCCACACAAACUUUGGAGGUCUUUAGCUAUUGACUGCAGACAGUUGGAGACCUCUGCGCACUGUAUGCUUCAGCAUGCCUGUGUCAUUGUACUUGGUCUACCACUUCAUGGCUGAGUUGCUGUUGUUCCCAGUUGCUUUAACUUUGUUAUAAUACCACUAACAGUUGACCAUGGAAUAUUUAGUAGCAAGGAAAUUUCACGGAUCGACUUACUACACAGGUGGCAACUUAUCAAGGUACUGCGCUUGAAUUCACUGAACUCCUGAGAGCGACCCAUUCUUUCACAAAUGUUUGUAGAAGCAGUCUGCAUGCCUAGGUGCUUGAU